AUGAGCGACCCGGAGCGCGGCCAGGCGCUUGAGGACUAUAAGAAGAGCUUACUCGAACUACGAGAGUGGGAAGCCAAGUUGAAGGGUCUCCGUCUGGGAAUCAAAGAUCUUCAAAGAGAAUUCGAUGUCUCCGAGGAUAACAUCAAGGCGCUACAAAGUGUUGGUCAGAUCAUCGGUGAAGUACUGAAGCAACUUGAUGAGGAGCGAUUCAUUGUCAAGGCGUCGUCGGGUCCUCGAUAUGUCGUCGGCUGUCGGUCAAAGGUGGAUAAGGCCAAGAUGAAGCAGGGCACACGUGUGGCCUUGGAUAUGACAACACUUACAAUCAUGCGAAUGCUUCCCCGCGAGGUUGACCCCAUGGUGUACAACAUGUCUUUGGAGGAUCCCGGGUCAGUCAACUUUGCGGGUAUCGGUGGUCUUAAUGACCAGAUCAGAGAGCUUCGUGAGGUCAUUGAGCUGCCCCUGAAGAACCCAGAGCUCUUUUUCAGAGUCGGUAUCAAGCCCCCGAAGGGUGUUUUGCUUUACGGCCCCCCUGGUACUGGUAAGACACUGCUUGCACGAGCAGUGGCCAGCUCCAUGGAGACCAACUUCUUGAAGGUUGUGUCUUCCGCCAUUGUCGAUAAAUAUAUCGGUGAAUCCGCCCGAUUGAUCCGAGAGAUGUUCGGAUACGCCAAGGAACACGAGCCCUGUAUCAUCUUCAUGGAUGAAAUUGACGCUAUCGGUGGACGACGAUUCUCAGAGGGUACAUCGGCAGAUCGAGAAAUUCAGCGAACGCUCAUGGAGUUGCUGAACCAGUUGGACGGUUUCGACUACCUGGGAAAGACGAAGAUCAUCAUGGCUACCAACCGACCCGACACAUUGGACCCUGCUCUGCUGCGUGCUGGUCGUUUGGACCGUAAAAUUGAAAUUCCUCUUCCCAACGAGGUGGGCCGUCUGGAGAUAUUGAAGAUUCACACAAGCACGGUCCAAAAAGAUGGUGAUCUCGACUUUGAGAGCGUGGUCAAGAUGAGUGAUGGCCUCAACGGUGCUGAUCUUCGAAACGUGGUUACUGAGGCUGGUCUGUUUGCGAUCAAGGACUACCGCGACGCUGUCAACCAGGACGAUUUCAACAAGGCCGUACGGAAGGUGGCAGAAGCUAAGAAGUUGGAGGGCAAGCUUGAGUAUCAGAAGCUGUAA